ACCACAAGUCUUAACAAAACAAACGCUGUCUUUCAAUUUAAGAGUUCACAUAAUCAAUACUAUUUGAUCUCUUUCGUCCUGAAUUCGGUUACAAAAUGAUUUCAAAGUUAAUUGCGUCGAUGAAUAAGGACUGGAUAAGAUGGCUGAGCAUUGGGGGGGAUUCGGAAAUAAUCGACCUUACUAUUCGGAUCUCACAUUACCUUAGAGAAGAAGCGACUAAGCAAAAUUUCCCAGCUGAUCCUGCGUUGAUCAUCCAGUUGACCAGGGCCAACUCCACCAUCACGGAAGAGUCUGGGGAGCUUGGAACAAUGAUCGAGGAUGGUCUUGUUGAACUUGUCUACUCAUCAAACUUCAUCGAAGUCACCGGCUCUGAUUUUGACGUGACAGAGAAGUUGUGCCGUGCCAUUUUCCGAGGUCAGCAGGUUCAGGCCGAAGUAGAACUAAACAGCCCUGAAUACGAACAAGCAAGGACUGCGUUGGUUAGGCUGGGGCGACCAAGCUCCUUUCAGGAUGUCAUACAGAGUCGGCAAGAAAUCAUCAACCAUGCCAAUGCACUAAACUAUGCUAUCGAUCAUAUCAUCCUCAAUAGCGAACCAGUCACGGAAGACUUCCUUCGAGAGACACAUGGCAUAUUAUGUGCUGGAAAGGUCUUGGGGGAAGAUGCAGGACAGCCUGGGGAAUACAGGACUUGGGAAAUCGCCGCAAGACACGGUCAGGACAUGAAGAAAAAAUCUAUCUUUAUACGUGCAUCCACUGUUCCUACCUACAUGGCGGAGCUUGUGGACGAUCUACACAAAGAUAUGGUCGCAGCGGAGGAAAACGGGACGAUUUACCCCUUUGAUAUGGCAAGCCGAUACUGUCACCGCCUUGUCUGCAUUCACCCUUUCGGAGAUGGAAAUGGUAGGAUGUGUCGGAUUCUGCUCAACAUCAUUCUCCUCAAGUACGCUGGGUUUGUCAGUACGUUUGGUGGCACUGAAGCCGAACGGCAAGAAUAUCUGGACAUAGCAAAGCGAGCCAACAAGAAAUUCCACGAAGAAGAUAUGGAAGUUCCCGAGGAGGAUAAGAAAGGUCAUCAUGAGUUGGCGAGAUUCAUGCUAAGGACAUCUAAGCAGACAUUAGGAAAGUUCACGCCGAUUAAUUAG